GGGCGGAGGAGGCCCCUUCCUGAGUGGACUGGCGGAAGCAGGAAACAGGAAACUUUUCCUCUGCAUUCUCUGCCUUCUGGUAGCCAGCUCUGCGGGUGCAGGUCUCAGGGAGCCUGGAUUCAGAGGGAAUGGCCCCUGGGAGCAGCCGAAGCCCAGCCCAGGUGACAGUGACCUUUAAGGAUGUGGCUGUGGACUUCACCCAGGAGGAGUGGGGCCUCUUGGACCAUCCUCAGAAGGAGCUGUACAAGGAGGUGAUGCUGGAGAAUGCCCAGAACCUGCUAUCCCUUGGGCUUCCAGUUCCCAGGGAAGACGUGAUCUCCUAUUUUGAGCAAAGGGAAGCACCAUGGCUGCUGGAGCAAGAAGGCCUGAGGAACCUCUGUCCAGGAGGGAUCAGAUUUCAAGUGAAGAAGACUCCUGCAGACCUAAGCCUUUGUAUGGAAGAAACUCUGGAGCAAAGAGACAGGUAUACUCCUGUCCAACAUCAGAGAAUCCACACUGGAGAGAAACCUUAUGAAUGUAAUCAGUGUGGUAAAGCUUUUACAAAGCGGGCCUAUCUUAGAGUACAUCAGAGAAUCCACACUGGAGAGAAACCUUAUGAAUGUAAUCAAUGUUCAAAGGCUUUCAGAGAAAGGCAUACUCUUGUCCAACAUCAGAGAAUCCACACUGGAGAGAAACCUUAUGAAUGUAAUCAAUGUGCAAAGGCUUUCAGAGACAGGUAUACUCUUGUCCAACAUCAGAGAAUCCACACUGGAGAGAAACCUUAUGAAUGUAAUCAAUGUGCAAAGGCUUUUAGAGACAGGUAUACUCUUGUCCAACAUCAGAGAAUCCACACUGGAGAGAAACCUUAUGAAUGUAAUCAAUGUGGAAAGGCUUUCAGAGGCAGCUCAAGUCUUGCUGAACAUCGGAAAACCCACACUGGAGAGAAACCUUAUGAAUGUAAUCAAUGUGCAAAGGCUUUCAGAGACAGGUAUUCUCUUGUCCAACAUCAGAGAAUCCACACUGGAGAGAAACCUUAUGAAUGUAAUCAAUGUGGAAAGUCUUUUAGAGACAAGUAUACUCUUGUCCAACAUCAGAGAAUCCACACUGGAGAGAAACCUUAUGAAUGUAAUCAGUGUGGUGAAGCUUUUAUAAAGCGGGCCAACCUUAAAGUACAUCAGAGAAUCCACACUGGAGAGAAACCUUAUGAAUGUAAUCAAUGUGCAAAGGAUUUCAGAGACAGGUAUACUCUUGUCCAACAUCAGAGAAUCCACACUGGAGAGAAACCUUAUGAAUGUAAUCAAUGUGGAAAGUCUUUUAGAGACAAGUAUACUCUUGUCCAACAUCAGAGAAUCCACACUGGAGAGAAACCUUAUGAAUGUAAUCAAUGUGGAAAGGCUUUCACAUGGAGGAUUGGUCUUGCUGAACAUCAGAAAACCCACACUGGAGAGAAACCUUAUGACUGUAAUCAAUGUGCAAAGGCUUUCAGAGACAGGUAUACUCUUGUCCAACAUCAGAGAAUCCACACUGGAGAGAAACCUUAUGAAUGUAAUCAAUGUGGAAAGUCUUUUAGAGACAAGUAUACUCUUGUCCAACAUCAGAGAAUCCACACCGGAGAGAAACCUUAUGAAUGUAAUCAGUGUGGUAAAGCUUUUAUAAAGCAGGCCAACCUUACAGUACAUCAAAGAAUCCACACUGGAGAGAAGCCUUAUGAAUGCAAUCAGUGUGGAAAGGCUUUCAGAGACAGCUCCACUUUUGCUGAACAUCAGAGAAUCCACACUGGAGAGAAACCUUAUGAAUGUAAUCAAUGUGGAAAGGCUUUCACAUGGAGGAUUGGUCUUGCUGAACAUCAGAAAACCCACACUGGAGAGAAACCUUAUGUAUGUAAUCAAUGUGGAAAGGCUUUUAGAGACAGGUCCACUCUUGUCCAACAUCAGAGAAUCCACACUGGAGAGAAACCUUAUGAAUGUAAUCAGUGUGGUAAAGCGUUUAUAAAGCAGGCCAACCUUAAAGUACAUCAGAGAAUCCACACUGGAGAGAAACCUUAUGAAUGUAAUCCUUGUGGAAAGGCUUUCAGACUCAGAUCCAGUCUAGUACAACAUCAGAGAAUCCACACUGGAGAGAAACCUUUUGAAUGUAAUCUGUGUGGAAAGGCUUUCAGACUCAGAUCCACUCUAGUUCAACAUCAGAGAAUCCACACUGGAGAGAAACCUUUUGAAUGUAAUCUGUGUGGAAAGGCUUUCAGAUCCAGCUACCAUCUUGUUGAACAUCAGAGAAUCCACACUGGAGAGAAACCUUAUGAAUGUAAUCAAUGUGGAAAGUCUUUUAGAGACGAGUAUACUCUUGUCCAACAUCAGAGAAUCCACACUGGAGAGAAACCUUAUGAAUGCAAUCAGUGUGGAAAGGUUUUCAGAGGCAACUCUCCUCUAAUUAAACAUCAGAGAAUCCACACUGGAGAGAAACCUUAUGAAUGUAAUCUGUGUGGAAAGGCUUUCAGAGUCAGCUCCAGUCUAGUUCAACAUCAGAGAAUCCACACUGGCGAGAAACCUUUUGAAUGUAAUCUGUGUGGAAAGGCUUUCAGAUCCAGCUACCAUCUUGUUGAACAUCAGAGAAUCCACACUGGAGAGAAACCUUAUGAAUGUAACCAGUGUGGAAAGGCUUUCAGAUGCAGCUCCCACUUUGUUGGACAUCAGAGAAUCCACACUGGAGAAAAACCUUAUGAAUGUAAUCUGUGUGGAAAGGCCUUCAGAGUAAGCUCAAGGCUUGUAGAACAUCAGAGAAUCCACACUGGAGAAAAACCUUAUGAAUGUGAUCACUGUGGAAAACCUUUUAGAACAAGCUCCAGUCUAGUUCAUCAUCGGAGAAUGCACACUGGAGAAAAUACAAUCCAUGUGGCAAAGCCUUCAAGCAAAAGCCAGUCACAUGAUUGAGGAGCCAUGUCAGUGGAUUAUAGAGCUUUGUAGACAGCAGAAAAUUCUGCACAUAAGACAUUUAUGGCUUCACUGUGAAGAAUGCCUUCAGGCAGAAAUUGUUUGUUAUCCUCCCAUGAGAGGAUACUGUAACAGGAUUUUUACUGAGCCAGUCUCUAACCUGAAAAUGCUUGGAGCCACACAAAGCAGGCCUAGAAACAGGAGUGUCAGUAAUCAAGUUGUUUAAUUAAUCAGUGUCAGAGUGAGGAAUAUUUCCUUAACUGAAGUAAAAGCAUAGGUUUUAUACUUGAGUCACAACUAGGGAAGGAGAGGGGAAGGUGGAUUUUAGCGGUUUCCCAGGAGAAAUCCACAAGUCUCACAACACAACAGUUCUGGAGUCAUGUCUUUGUGGGUUGUGACCUCCUCCCCUAAAGCAGAGAACCAGAGUUCUCUGAGGGGAACAGGUUCCACAAUCUUUGAUUUACUUCACUUUAGGUCCAGUGAUUGUGACCCUUGUCAAGAGUUUUGAUUAAUCAGUUCAGUCUGUAUUGUGAGCUGAGUGACAAGCCAGAGAGCCAGCCCUUGAAAACAUUGCAUUACUAGUAUAUUCAUUACACAUAUCAUAUCGAUUAUUAUGAAAAUUGUAAUUUCCUUUCUCAAUACUUACUAGGACAAAACCUUAUGAAUGUGCUGCAUGGGGACAUGCCUUUCUCUGCACAUGUAGGUCACUGCUGAAGCUUAAAUUUUGUGCCUUUAUAAUAGAAUGGUGAAAUAAAAGGAAAUAAGUCAUGCCAUCCCACCAGGUUGCAAAACCAAGAAAGGAAAUAGGCUCAAAAACUAGGACUGAGUGAAGGAAGAAGUCUAGAAUAGAAGAAUGGAAUCUCUCCAGAAUUAGGAAAUGAACUCACUUCAGUAUUAUGUCGAUUGGGUGAAAAUAUUUGGUGAAAGGAAGAAGUAAGAGGUGUUUGAUCAAGGGUAUAAAAACUGGGUAAUUUGGGGAAACUUUGUGGUCUCCUGCACUAUAUGUAUGUAUUUGCCUAUGUUCAGGCUACUGCCUAUGACAAUCAAGAAACUUCUCAUUCACUGUUUUUUGUGACUCCACAGUUGUGACAAUGAGGAAGGGAUUCCCCUGAUGGACUUGAUUGGAGAGCAGAGCCAUUGUGUAAAAAAGCAGCUGAUCCUAGGAAGGUAAGGGGCCCUGCCAUUUCUGUCUCACCAGCCUCCCAUGCUUGCUCCUCCACCAGCUUGGCAGGGGAGAGGCUUCUGGGCUGAUGCUGACACAUAGUCUGGGCCUCUGCACAGUCAAAGGGUCCUCCUGGGACUCCUCUACAGGAGACAGUUUGUUUCUUGGUAAAUCUAAAUAGACUGUUUCCUGCGACCAGAUCAGCCAAAGCAAAUAGGGUGAAAAUGAACAUUUUUCUGAAGAACUUGCAAAGCUUUCAAGAAGUCAGCCUCUCCCUCUGUUUUUCUAACUCUGGUUAAGGCCGGUAGGCAAACAAAAGACACUCAAGAGGGCAACAACUUUUUUUUCCUAUCUUCAGAAAUUUAUAAUGUCAUUAAGUAAAAAUCAAAUGUAUGACUUUGAAAAGAGAGUUGGACUGCCCGAAGGAGAUGAUAAGGAACCCUUUGCUGGCAUUGGACACAGUGCCGUCUUGUAUUGCCCCUACUCAGUUUCACAUUACAAUCCCAGAAUAAAGAGAAGAUGGAAGAAAAGAAUUUGGAACUCACAUGUUUUAACACAAAAAAAUAAAGUGCUCCACUUACUAUGCAAGCCAAUUUGGAAACCUCAAAAGUGGCCACUGGAUUGGAAAAUGUCAGUUUAAUUCCCAGUCCCAAAGUAGGGCUACAGCAGAUGCAUCUACAACAUCUAAAUUUAAAAAAUAAAUGAAGUACAGUAGUACUGGAUAGUA